CAUUUACACAUAUACGGAGCAAUUGAGUCGAAGAAUAAAUUUUCAAAAAAAUAAGCGAAAAAAACAAAACAUCCAAGUUUUUUUUACAUAUUUUUUUUUAUUUCUAAGGUUGUGUUUUUCAUUACGACAUGCGGACCGUACUGCUGUGUUUUGUUGGUCUUCUGCUGCGGCCGAUGGCAGCCCAGACUACACAGGCCUCUUCCGUGGACGAACUGAAGAAUAUGUUGCUAGGGUUACAGAACCAGGUUGCCGCCAUUCACAGCACGUUGCUAACCCAACAGACCAUGAGUAUCAGUGACGUCUGCAGAGUGAUAGGAGGCGCAACAGCCAUACAAGGUCCCGCGGAUCCCAUUGACUGCGUGGAUGUGAAGGAGCAAGGAAACAGCACCUCGGGCGUCUAUGUGGUGAAGCCGAACGGAGAGUCGAAACUUCCGGUUUACUGCGACAUGACGACUGACGGUGGUGGCUGGCUGGUGAUCCAGCGGCGUCAGGACGGAUCACAGGACUUCUACAAAUCAUAUGCUGAGUAUGAACAGGGCUUCGGUAACCUCACUGGAGAAUUCUAUCUAGGCAACCGCCAUAUCAGCGCCCUCACGCGGCAGGGACACUACGAGUUGCGAGUGGAACUAGAGGACUUCAAGGGCGUCUCUAAGUUCGCCCACUACAGCUCGUUCUCCGUGGGCGACAGUGCCAGCAAAUACACCCUGCACGUGGACGGCUACAACGGGACCGCGGGAGACUCGCUCAAGUUCGACCACGACGGCCACAAGUUCUCCACGGCCGACCAGGACAACGACGGCACUGACAGCGUUAAGUGCGCCGAGAAACAUCAUGGCGGCUACUGGUACUCGGCCUGCUUCAAGAGCAACCUGAACGGCAAGUGGGGCGUGCCCGGAGAGCAGGGCAUUGUCUAUGGCUCCUUCAAGGACUGGCAGAUUUACGUGCUCAAGAAAUCAGAGAUGAAGAUACGGCGUGUCAAGUAGACGUCCAGCGCGCCCGCGUGCUUGGGUGAAAAUAAUGAUUUUGUUUAAAGACGAUACAUUUACUACCGUCAUGAACAUGAACUUCUUAAGAGCGUGUUUUUUCGACUA